CUUUCACAUUGAGUCUACGAUCGGCGCACCGUCAUUGCCAUCUUAGAUCAUUACUCCAGUGUCGACGAUAUCCCAACUACCCUUUCUACCAAUACCCACUCUCUCAUCACAUUGGACGCCGUCGCCAUGGACGACCGCAAGCCCAAUCGAAGAUCCAUCGUCGCCUCCAUGGGCCUUGAGCCCCGCUUCCAACCUGAAGAGCCAGUCUCUCCUCCCACUUGGGGUCCACCUCCCGCCUCGCCCACCGAGUCGCGCAAAUCGAGGGCUCGUAAAGAGAGCACUGCCUCUCGCGGCACUGUGAAGUCCACGACUGGUCGCAAGCCAAGGCCCGCCGCCGUUGAUGCAGCACCACCUGGACGAGUCAGGGCGGCUGGACCUGCGACAGGGUCCAUCAAGAGCAGAAAUUCGAGGCACAGCAUGCUCCCUCCCUCUCCUGCGCCGCCUUUGCCUGAGAACAGUGCACCUGGAGCAGCAGGCGGCGGAGGUACCCUUGGCCGCAGCCUGACGUCGAAGCUCUUUGGUCGAAGCGGGUCAGCUCCAGCAGCCGAAAAGAAGGCUGCCCCACCUCCGGAGCCUGCACCCCAAGCCACCACGUACGAGUCCGUCAAUGGUGCUGGGUCUGGAGAGCCAGGCGCUCGCAGCUCGAUGCUGUUCGGCCUCGUAGGCGGAGGUAAGGACCGCGUUGAGCCAACCCCGGCAGUCGAGGGCGACUCUCGCCGUACCCGCUGGAACGCUCGCAACAAGACCGAGUCUGUCAUCACCGCCGGCUUCACAGACAUGCACAUUGGUGAUGAAGAGGACGGUGUAGAGCGCCAAAGGCCAGAGAAGCCGCUGGGUCUUGGCCGCAUGUCCGCCAAGCAGGCACGAGAGAAGCGCACCUCGAAAUACGUCAUGCCAGCCAUCGCUGAGCCAGAGCCGGAGCAGCAGCAGCCUCAACCAGAAUCCCAGCCCAAGCUGGCUCUGGAGCGCCACGAGCUCGUAGACGACGGGCCCUCCCUUGUCAAGCGCAAGUCGUCCAAGGCAUCGAGAAAGGCAUCAACAAAGGCCCGCAAGAAUGGCGCACCCCAGCUCCCCGCCCUCAGCGCGAUCGGGCUCGGCGGAGGGCUGGGCAGCAUCAUUGGCAAGUCGAAGUCGGCGGAGCCAGAGUACGACCAAGACGAGCCUGCGGAGGACAGCGAGUUGGAAGGGGCAGCCAUGCCUGCGCGUGGCCCAUCGAGGAUCGUCGAGGAUACUGAGGACGAUGAGGACUUCCAGGAAGCAGACGACUCGGCUUUCCCUGUGACGCCAGCGACCGAUCGCAAGGCGUUCUUGAUUCCAGAGGAGAACGGCUCCGCUGACCCUGCAGACGUAUCCGACGAGGACGAAGUCGCGCCAGUGCUCCAGCGUGAGAAGCACGCCGGUACGGCUGGUGCGCCAAUCACCGCGGCAGACGAGGAUGAGCUUGAUGAGGAAGUCCCCGGCUACGACGAAGCUACUGCUCGCUCCGCACCUGCGGAAAAGGAGAACGGCAUCGGCAAGAAGGGACUACUCGCUGGCGCUGGCCUCGGCGCCGGUUUGGGCGGUGGCCUCGGCGCUUUGGCAGGCGGUUCAAGGAGCAAGGCAUCGGCCGACAAGGCUCAGAGAAGCCCCAUCAUCCCCGGCGCCUUCGGCCAUCACGACGACGACGAGGUCGAAGAAGAUCCCGCUCGGACCGUCGAUGACAUGUCUGACUAUGAAGAUGAGGACAUGAUCGACGAGCCACCUGCUCGCACCGCAAUGCCGGCUGUUGCCGCUGUGGGCUCGGCCGCCAAGGCGCCCAAGAAGGUCAAGCGCAAGGAGCCAAAGAAGGACAAGAAGGAGCGCAAGAAGGACAAGGCCGAGCCAGCCGCGGUCGCCGCUCCUGCCCUUGCACAGCCGCCUGAGCGACCCCAGAGGAGCAAGGCUCGCAAGCCCAGCUCCAAUCGCGAAGAGCGCCUCGCUGCGCCAGCCGAACUUACCAGGCAAAAGAGCUACAGCAGCAAUAAGAGCGACGAGAAAAAGAAGAAGCGCGGCGGCUUGGCCGCUCUGGCUGGAGGCGCCUUUGCCAUCGGAGGUGCAAGCGCUGCGGCCAAGAAGGGUCACAAGGAGGACGAGCCCAUGGACGAUGCCGACUACGAAGAGUACAUGGACGAGCCGGCGGUCCUCAGCGAUGAAGAAGGACACAGCGAGGCCGACUCCGAAGAAAUCUACCGCGAGCGCUCCGAGAAGAAGAAGCGUUCGUCCAAGUCGCAACGCUCGACUGGCAUGGCCGCUGCAUCUAAGCCCUCGCGUCGCUCGGCGGCCGUCAAGAACCUCACGCCUGUGCAGCGCCACUACCUGCUCAAAGCCCUUGUCUGCUUGCAAAUGCAGCUCGAGUGGGAAGAGCUCGAGAAGCUCGGUGCCCUCACCCAGUACGGUUAUCCCUUCGCGCCCGAGCGUCCUAAGCUCACCCGCGUCAAGACGGAGCUCAAGAACGAGUUUACGACGGGCGAGGACAUGGAGAAUGAGGCCGAUGAUCCGUACGACGAGGAGGACAGUGAUGAGGCUCGUCGUCUUGAGAAUCUGCAGGAUCCUCUGAUCUUGCGUCACUUGUUCCAGAUUCACCUCCGCGUCUUCCCUGGAUUGGACACGGCGCCGCUCAAGUUCUGGCAGAAGCGCAUCCAAGUCUUCUUCGAUGAGAUGGCUGCUCGCAACUUCUCGACUAGUGUGGAGAGGGGAGAGUACUCCAAGCGCCGCUUCUACACUCUGGCGAUGACGCGCUACCUCGGUGGCUACUUCGCUCGAGGUGUAGGUGUGAGGGGUCAGGGUGAGCUGCGUGGGCCCGGUCCCGGUGAGAAGGGCAGUGAGCGCUGGGGCGUAGGCAAACAGUGGGGCAAAGGCACUGUCAAGCGUGGUCUGGACCGACCAGCUCGUAUCGACUCUUCGCUCUGGAAGAAGAUCGACAACCUAUUCGGCGACGGGCCAGAAGGGAAGGUCUGGCGCCGUGCAGGCAAGGAGACGACGAGAAUCCGCGGCGACUGGCAGAGCUGGAAGGAGCAGAUCAUCGAGAACGAGACCGGGUUGGAUGAGACGGUCAACUUCCUCGACAUCUCGCAGAUUCGCAACUUGCCGCCCAAGUACCGCAAUGCGGAGGAGUGGGCUCGUAACCAUGCGGCUUACCUCUUGCAUUCACUCUUCGUUACCGCACCCAAUGCUGACUCGACAUUCAAGGUCGUGCGCGGCAUCCACACCCUUUUUCCCUACUGGGGAGCUAAGCAGCUUCUCAAGUAUGCUAAUGCUCAAGUGCUCAUCGAGGGCAUCCUCAACUUGCUCCUUGCUCGUCCAGCCGGUGCCAAGUCGCUCAUCCAGCGCAUCGCCGCCUACGUCAUUGGCAGCGAGGGCACGACACUGCAGAAGGAGUAUAUCAACCCGCUCAAGAAGGCCAUUAAUGACUCAGAGCUAACGGGGCGCAUCGAAGAGUACGUCGCCCGUGGCAGUCGUCCGGAGGGCCGCUCGGUGCGAGCCAAGGCAGACAAGACGGGCGACGACGUUCUGACCGUCAUUCUACUCAGCGCUGGUGGCACCCCUCUCCGCCGCGAAGCUCAAGAUCGAGUCGUUGAGCUCCAGCACUCUUUCGCUCGCUCGCCGUACCGCGGCUGCCCCGAGCUGGCCUACCCAGCCGACAGCUCCUAUGCCAAGGAGAACCCGGACAAGAUGCACGUCCCCAAGUGGGAUGGCAGCCGCACGGAAGAGGAGGAAGCUGUCAAGUUCGCCCGCCUCAAGCUCUUCCUUCGUGACUGCCUCAAGAAGCGUGAUCGCGAGCAAGCAGUCAAGAUGGCCUCUGGCGCUCUCGUCCCCACGAUCAUCAAGGACUUCCUCUCCACGGUCAUGUAUGACGUGAUUAAGCAGAUUGCCUCGCACGCCGACCUCUCUGCCCGCCUCGGGGACCUGCAGAACUUCAUCGAUGACAUGCUCGACCUCAAGAAGAAGAAGGACGAUUCCCUACAAGCCUGGAUUGCCCUGGCUGCGCGCCACGAGAACUCGCUCUACCUUCUCGUACACGAAUGUGCCUCGAUCGCUGGCCGAUUCUGGGAGUGGUGCCAGAUCGGAUUGGAUUACAUGGCUCUCAGUACGGUGGACCCGGUACACCCGGCGGACCGCAGUCAGAAGAACGUUGAGGUCAAUCUCGAAGAGCUACUGCAGGACAGCAGGCUGAGCGAGAAGGACGUGGAGCUCAUCCUGGAGGAAGUUGACGAGUUGGCCGUGUACACUAAGUGGAGCAAGGUGGCCUACGAGCUCGAGAUGCGCAAGAACUUCCUCCUCGCCCGCCCGGACGCAGCGACGACCAGUACACUUACGGAGGACGACAUUCCCACGAGUCAGAUGAAGGACGAGAUCCGCGAUAUCGACAGCCUGAUGCGCGAGCUCAUGGAGGCAGAGGGCGUGCCUGUGGAUGACGGGUCUCUGCCCAAUGAGUCUCGUGGUACAGAGGCGCGUGAGCUUGCCACCUUCUGGUUCGACGUAAUGGACCCGCUCGGCCAGCAUCUGAUGGCAGAGAAGGGGGCAUCGGAGCUCAGCUACAAGCCGCUGAAUGUCUCUCCACCCAUUCCCUGCUUGAAGUAUACGAGGAAGGCGCUGCCUGUUUGGAGGGAGGUGUUGAGGGAGAAGCUGCCGGAUUGGCAGCAUGGAGAUGUUAACGGGCCUAGGAAGGCCAGCAACCCGGGGACUAGGCAGAGAAAGGGGCCAGGGGCCGCUGGCCCCUCGAAUGGGUCGGCCAGUGCGUCGAAGAAGUCGAAGGGUUUGUUCCGAUGAUCAUGAGUAGUGGCUGUGCUGUGCUCCCUUGAUGCUUUUUGCAUUCUGCUUUCGAUGCUCAAUACCACGACUUACGUUGCUCA